AUGGCCAAGGCCGCUGUUGCGGACAGAGGGAAUGACAGCACUGAUAUCCCAGAAGCCCUGAAAGAGUUUGCCAGCAUCCGUGAACAGGAUGCGGAGGAAGCUUGUCACAAACUCUUUAAGAGGUACAAUUUGACUCUUCCUUUCGAUAUAGAGACCAUCCAUGCUGGAAAUGAAGGGGAGCUGAAGCAGCUGCCCGUGGUCAAGUUUUCAACCUGGGCGAAAUACCUUUUGGAUUAUGAGAAGCUUGAACAUCUGAUUGGUGUGCCAGAGCAGGACAUGGAGCCAAGGCUGGAAGAGUUUUGGCACCGGUACAAAGUGCUGAACCCGGAACAUCAAGUGUUUGUUCUGGCAGAGAACGAGUCUCUGCAGCUGAAGCGAACAGUGCCUGUUUUUGCCCAUAUAGACGAGGGCAGAACGUACAAAUCCAAGGCUUUGCUUAUCUUGUCAAUCCACGGAUGCCUUGGAAAGGGCACACGCAGCUACGCUAAGCGGAUUGUGCGGAAACCCCACAUCAAGCGAGACCCGAUGGGAAUGAACUAUGUUGGUUCAACUUGGAGCACACAUUUUACCUUCGGAACCCUUCUGCGCAGCCUCAUCAAUGACGAUGACUCCUGCCUCGACAAGCUCAUGGCUGCUUUCGGGUCUGACAUGACCCAGCGGGCGACGCAGGGUGUUACCAGUGCGAAUGGACAGAGAAGGCUCUGGGUACAAAUCCUUGGUAUCAAAGGCGAUUUGCCGGCGUUGGGCAAAAUCGGAGGCUUUGUGCGCAACUACAGCAGAGUUGCGAAGAAACAGGUCUCCAGGCCUGGGGCGUUGUGGGAGCGGACAGCCUUUGAGGAGCGCCCGUGGGUUGCAGAGCCGCCCAUUUUGGCGGAAAUUCCCUGCUUGCCAGACAAACCCGAGGCCUUCUUCAUGACAGAUUUGUGGCAUAACUUUCACAACGGGCUGGCGAAGUUUUGGGUCGCCAACGCGCUGGUGAUUUUCAUAUUCACCGAUGGCCUGGUGCCAGGGCGCUCGAUCGAGAAAAAGUUGGAAUGGCUUUCCGAUGACUUUGUAAGCUUUUGCAAACGAGCGGGCAUCAUGCCGUUCCUGAAGGAGUUUACAAGGGACAACCUCAGUUUGGAUUCCUUUCAUUCCUAUCCACAGGGUUUGUGGAGCAAAGCAGUGGUGUCCACCCACACCAUGUUGUAUGUGCAGGACUUUUGCGACAGGUUCAUUUCGCCGACAACAACGGAUGCCGUCUUCAAGGGCAUCGAAUCUCGAAUUGCUCAGGGCACCCGCUUGGUGAAUGUCUUCCUAUCCGUGCUCUAUGGAGAAGGCUUCUGG